AUGGAGGCACCAUCAGAUUCACGCGCUGCUGCUGCGCUGCUUCCGCCACCUUCGGACGUGGGUCUGCACAAGCCGCCGGCAGCGGAGCUGGUGGUGGACGAUCACCGGAGAAAGCCGGACAUCCUCAUAAUCUACACCGGCGGCACUUUGGGGAUGAAGAAGGACGAGGCCGGAUCUCUCCGACCUGUCAGAGGCUACCUCAACUCUCAACUCGCGGCCAUUGAGGCAACGAAGGACCCCCGAGUGCCGACCUUCGACAUCAUCAACUUCGACCCGCCCAUUGACUCCUCCGACAUGGAGCCCGCUGACUGGAUUUCGAUCGCCACCGUGAUCGAGAAGAACUACUGGGACUAUCAGGGCUUCCUGAUCAUCCAUGGCACCGACACCAUGUCUUACACGGCAUCUGCGCUAUCGUUCAUGCUGGAGAACCUGGGCAAGAUCGUGGUCCUCACCGGGUCCCAGAUCCCGCUGGAGAACUCCAUCACCGACGCCCGCAGGAACCUCAUCGCGUCGAUGAUCAUCGCGAAGGAGGUCGACAUGCCCGAGGUCGUCAUCUUCUUCAACAACAAAAUACUGAGGGGCAACCGCUCCACCAAGGCCGACAACUGGGGUGUGGCCGCCUUCGAAUCGCCCAACUACCCGCCGCUGGGCGUGCUGGGCGUGGACAUCCACAUCGACUACCAAUUCGUCGCCAGCCCGCCCAAGGGCCGGUUCCGGGUGUGGAAGAACUUCAACACACGGGUCGCGGUGCUCCAUCUGGUGCCCGGCUUUGACGUAAAGGCCGUUGAGAACCUCUUGCUGCCGCCACUAGAAGGUCUCAUCGUCAAGAGCUACGGCUCUGGCAACGCGCCGUCGCGUAAGCGCGAUCUCAUCAACGCACUGCAGAAGGCCAUUCAGCGAGGCGUCGUAGUUAUCAUCACCUCUCAAUGCUACAAGGGGCGCGUCCGACGAGCCGACUAUGAGACGAGCUUGGGCACCAGCGGAGCCAUCAUCGGCUGUGACAUGACCACCGAGGCGGCGGUAACGAAGUUGGCCUACCUGCUGGGCAAGGGCUAUCCACGGGAGACGGUGCGGCAGCUCAUGCUCGACUCCCUGCGCGGCGAACUUACCGUCGAAGAAGCCAAAGCUCAACUGUGA